ACAAAACACCUCCUUCAAACAUGCUCUCACAUCUGUUCCACAGGCAGUGGCCCCAUCCAGCUGUGGCAAUUUCUCCUGGAGUUGCUGACCGACAAGUCCUGCCAGUCCUUCAUCAGCUGGACAGGCGACGGCUGGGAGUUUAAGCUCUCUGACCCAGAUGAGGUUGCCCGGAGGUGGGGCAAAAGGAAAAACAAGCCCAAGAUGAAUUAUGAGAAACUGAGCCGUGGCUUGCGCUAUUAUUAUGACAAGAACAUCAUCCACAAGACGUCUGGGAAGCGCUAUGUCUACCGCUUUGUCUGUGACUUGAAAAGCUUGCUGGGCUACACACCCGAAGAGCUGCACGCAAUGUUGGACGUAAAGCCUGACACAGACGAGUGAAAGCAGAACUGGCGAAAAGAGCAAAAAGAAACUUAGGACAAAAGUUGAGCUACUGGGACUGAGGCUCAUAACGUUGUCUUAACUGUUUGAUAAGAGUUGGUUAUCCAUUUUUCUGGGGGGACCGAAAAGUUUUUAAUGACUCAGUGAUGGUCUUUGUUGGAUUUGAGCUCCAGUCUUUCAGACCACGUUUUAAAAGGAAGGCAGAAGCCAAAAAAAACAAAACCUGUAUUCACAACCUGUUGGAAAUGACGAGUGUGCAUGAAUGUGUGAGUGAGUGUGGGAUUGCGCGCGCGUCUGACAUAAUACUGGUAUUAUUUAGCAGCUCAAGGUAAAUGAGACGCUACUGGGUAGAAUUAUCAGGUUAUCUUGUGUUCUGUUUAUGUAGCAACGAGGGGGAGGCGAGAGCUCUGCGAUACAAGGUGUGAAUGAACGAAGUCGAGAAGGAGCCUUUUUAAAGUAACUUGUUUCAUUUUUGAGUUAAGCAACAAGCAGGUGAAAGGUUCCUGCUGAGAUAACAGUUGCCAAAAUGUCAAAACGGAACAGAUAUUUACAACCAUUAUCACUGUUUCUCUCCUGCAAGUGGAGAGCUUUCAGCAAGGACCAAAAAAAAAAAAAAAGUGUAAUGUAGGAUUUGAUGUUUGAGGACCAUAUGCUUGUGCCAGUAUUAUAUUGUUAGAGCACCCGAUUUAAGUCCACCAGGCCGAUCACUGGGCAGAGUAUUUUUGUCUUUAAGUGUUUCAAAUUAGACUUCAUCAUUGAAUGCCAAGUUACACUGUUCUGUUCUCAUAGCAGAAAUGUGCCGAUUUGAGUCAGACAACACUAGAGACGCACUGGCCCUGUGCUCUAUCAGGUUUGAAGAGCCUGUUGGAGAUUACUCAUACCCAAAGAGGUCUGCAAGACAACCGAAAGAAGCCGUUACUUUUGAAACUGACGCUUUCACCUUUAUGUACAUGUCGCCACCUUGUUAGGGACACAUUCUGUGACUGAAACGUAUGCGUUUUUUGC